AUGUCUCAACAACGCUCCAAUGACGAGGACAAGGUUCAAAGUCCUCUACAAGGCCGCCGACAGCGAACGGUCAGCUCGUUAGCCUCAGUCACAUCGCCAAAUGCACCAUCCUUUCAACUUUUCAAACACUCUCAGCUCUAUGCAACACCCUGGGAUGCUGAUAAUCCCGAAGAGGGUCAUCAAACGCUCCGACCGCCCCUUCUACCGCCAAAAGACGAGCGCGUGGUGGAAGACGAGGACGAACAACCACUUCUUGGAUCAAGAAAGAGCUCAUUUCUCCUUUCUCCAGACGCUCGACAGACGCGGUUUACAGCCAGUUUUUCAGGGGAUGCGAUAGCACGCGACCGCGAUGCCAUCGACGACUUUGGCAGCGUUCCCAAUUCGGCCAACUCGCGCACAGAGUUUCUUCCACCUCCUCGCGUACGAACUGCUGUUCGUGACAAGGGAAGUAGCACAAUUUGGCUUCCACCGCGACAUCCAUACUUUCCAAACGACUUUGAGGCUGUAGACCCGGUUCCCAUCGUGAAAUUGCUUGUCAUCAUAUUACUCGCCUAUCCCAUCAUGUUUAUUGCCACGCUUCUAGCCCAGAAUAGACCCAUCUUCUGGACGCGGUUUAUCGUCGGCACCACGGCGGCUGUCCUUGGGUUUGCUUUGGGAAUGGAGCUUCUGAACAUUGGAAAACGGCUAUUGGAAGCGACGACGUGGGCGACCAUUGUCCAUCGGUCAAUGUACGAAGGGCGAACGGGGAUCACCCUCGCUGACCUAGAGACAAAGUCGACCUAUCACUAUUGGACAUGGCGUGGGAUUUCCAUGCUGGUUGAGCGCAUGCUCCAAAAGUCGACUCGCAGACGGAAUAGGCCUUAUGACAAACGUCCAUGGUCUUUAUACGUAGUGUUCUUCAUAUUCAUCUCGCUUCUUGCGGCGAGUAUCAGCUUCCUUCUGGGUCGUCUAAUUGAUAUCACGACCAAGGAAUCCUGGCAAGGGAGGACAUACAAAGAGUCUACGGUCGUGGGCGACCUGAGCGAAGAAGACAUUGCAGCAGCACAUGUCCAUCUCGCCGCCCAAGAAUCGUUUAUUCAGACCUGGACACUGUCGCCGUUCGGAUCAGGUAGACAAGUGCCCCAACCAGUCGUCCUACAGUACAACGGACAAGAGGACGUUUACUUUUCAGAAGUUUCAAACGAGUUUAUCAGAGGCGGCAACGGCUAUGGGACAUUCAAGAUGGACGAAACCGGUAACAAUGGCAAGAUUGAUACAACUGUGCCGUCAGGAGACCUCAGUGGCUAUGUCGUUGGAUCUGUUGUUCGCUACUCUCGUUGGGGUCUCCGCAUUCAGUGCACCAAGUUACCUAAUCCAACCACGAACAUUGUUCCUCUUUCCCCCGCCAAUAUUACAUAUGCAUACGUCCCGCAAGACACUAUCAUGGGUCUUAUCACCACUUUGGGUUUCCAAGACGUUACAUGGUCUUGGAAUUCAACGUCUCCACCGUUUCUCCAGGGAAAUGACACUGUUCCGGAUGGUAUCGACAUGGACCAAAUCGGAUUUGUUGGGUACUGGUGGAAUAACGGCGUCGCCCAUCAAUUCCGGUCUCGGCCGAUAGAAAACGGAAACAAGGGUUGGGGUUGGUUAGAACUGGAGGUCAUAAUGAUUCGACUCAAUACGACCUACACCCCCGGUGGCUCCUUUGGAACUUAUUCGACUGAUAAAAGUAUCGGAUACGAUGCCGCUGUUUGCGUCGAGGCAAUCGAGCCCUACGUAGUCGAUGCAUACAAUUCAACAUCUGGACGGGCGGGCUCUAUCAGAAUUGUCGGCAAAGGGGACGUGCUACGAGGCGGGCUAAAUAAUGGCGAACGCUCUGGCCAUACCCUCGACGGCUUCGACGCGGUUUUGAAUUCCACCAAGAAGUUUGAGCCUUUCGCGGCCGGCCAUGAGAAUUCCCGUGGCCAGAUAAUCAAGGACAAUGGUCGAGACUUUUGGUGGGUUCCCAACCCAACUGUCAUCUCCUGGACAGGCAACUCUGGACCCAACAACUACACAUCCUUGUCCGUCAAAGACCUUCAAACGUCGCUAGGGAGAGCGGAUGCAGCUCAAAUGCUCCCCUACCUCAUUGGCUCAAAGAAGGUGCUUGGCUUCCGAUACGACAAUGAAAUUCUAGCAAAGGCGACAAUAUUUGCCGGUCCGACUGUCGCCACGCUCGGGGUGAUUGUCUUUGUUGGACUCCUUGCCGCGUUUUCCGUUCCUCGCCUUCCUCUGGGUAUUCCACGUCGUGAUUUCAGUAUAUUUACUUGGCUCGCUGCUUUCGAAGGAGACGACCUCGUUCAUAAUGUCGUGAAGCAAGGUGUGGAUCGUAAUAUGGACUUGGACGAACUUCAUCGACGGUAUGGAAGUUACAAGAUUCGCUACGGCGCAUAG